AUGGCAGUUCGCGACCGCCAGCAGAUUAUCAUUUUUGGGGACUUGACUUGCGACUCCGUCGCGGGUCUAGGGUCUCUCGUUGCGAUUAAAGAUAAUCCUCUUCUGACCUCCUUCUUUGAAAAAGUCACUUUUGGUCUACGAGAAGAGAUUGGCCGUCUUCCGUUCGAGCAGCGUCAGCGAUUCGUUCGAUUUAUUACAAUUGAGGAGCUCCUUGCGAGAGUCAAGCAGUUAGCCUGUCCUCACCCAGCCCUCGAGAAAGCCCUAGCCUGCACUUAUCAAUUUGCUUGCUUCAUCAGGUACUACACGUCCCCAGGUCAAAGAUAUCCAUCGCCUCAUCAUACAUGCUUGGUCGGACUUUGUACGGGCCUUCUCACUGCGGCUGCUGUGGGCUGUUGUCAGAGUAUUACAGACCUUAUUCCACUCGCAACACAUACAAUCUUAGUUGCUUUCCGCACAGGCCUAUUUGUUGCAGACGUUCGCGACCGGAUUGAACCUCAAACAGGGUCGCCAGCGUCAUGGAGUGUGUUGGUCCCGGGCCUUGGAGGCGAUACUGCACUUUCAGUUCUGGGGAGGUAUAGUAAGGAGAAGGGCCUCCCAACUACAUCGGCCCCAUACAUCAGCACAUAUGCCAGCGCGGGAGUUACUCUGAGUGGGCCCCCAAGCGCACUUGAGGACGUUCUUCGUUCUGAUUACCUCCUGAAGAACCGGUCUCUUGCUAUUCCUAUCUAUGCACCAUACCACGCUUCUCAUCUUUACGGACACAAAGAUAUAGACAAUGUGCUAAGGGGAACUGCCGGUACAGGGUUUGCAUCACGCCAGUGUCAAUUCAGGAUUUCGUCCCCCAUCACUGGACAGGCAAUUGACGUGGAUACAUUCGAGGCACUUAUUAGUCACGCGUUAAACGGGAUCCUCCGAGAACCGCUUCAACUAGAACGAAUCGUAUCCUCGCUUGGCGAGGCUCUGGCAACAUCCUCAUUGACAAAAGGCUGCACCAUAUUACCCAUUGCGACGCUCGCUGGGCAAAGCUUCGCUGCGGCUCUCAAAGAGCAUGAAGUAUCGGAUGUAACUGUAGAUCCAUGCAUGAACUCUAGCAUUGCGGUGAGAGACGAUCGAACAUCCACCAGUGGUCACCUCGGUCACUCCAAGUUGGCGAUCAUCGGAUAUUCCGGGCGGUUCCCUGAUGCCAACAGCAAUGAUGAGUUUUGGCAAUUGCUCCAUGAAGGCCGUGACGUCGCGAGUACAGCGCCCAAUAAUCGCUGGGAUGUCAAGACCCAUGUUGACCCAACCUUGAAAAGGAAGAACACCAUGGGUACGCCCUACGGAUGCUGGCUGAAAGAUCCGGGUCUCUUUGAUGCGAGAUUCUUUGCAUUGAGUCCGCGAGAAGCGCCGCAGACUGAUCCUGCGCAGCGCCUCUCUCUUAUGACGGCGUAUGAGGCGAUGGAAUUUGCUGGCUUUGUGCCGGAUUCAUCACCAUCUACACAAUCUGAUCGCAUUGGGGUGUUCUAUGGCACAACCAGUAAUGAUUGGGGAGAGACCAAUAGCUCGCAAAAUGUUGAUACAUACUACAUCCCAGGCUCCUGUCGUGCCUUCAUCCCCGGGCGCCAGAAUUUCUUCUACAAAUUCAGCGGACCGAGCUACAGCGUCGACACAGCCUGUUCCUCCGGCCUGGCAGCCCUUCAUCUUGCUUGUAACUCCCUCCUAAAGGGGGACAUCGACACAGCUAUUUGCGGCGGAACAAACGUCCUGACAAAUCCUGAUAUCACCGCUGGCCUAGACCGUGGCCACUUCCUCUCUAGAACAGGAAAUUGCAAGACCUUCGACGAUGACGCGGACGGCUAUUGUCGUGGAGAGGGUGUCUGCACAUUUGUGAUCAAACGGCUAGAAGAUGCCACGGCUGACAACGACCCCAUUAUCGCUGUUAUCCUUGGAGCGUAUACGAACCACUCCGCUGAAGCAGAGAGUAUCACUCGGCCGCAUGUCGGGGCGCAGAAGGCUGUCUUUGAGAAGAUCCUCACCUCAGCUAGCGUUGAUCCGUAUAGUGUGGGAUAUGUUGAGAUGCAUGGGACUGGAACUCAGGCUGGUGAUGCCAGGGAGAUGAAAUCCGUACUGUCAAUCUUUGCGCCCGAGACAAAACGGCCACGGAGUGAUGAGGAGAGGCUGUUUCUAGGGUCUGCAAAAGCUAACGUUGGACAUGGGGAGUCUGUUUCCGGUCCCAUUGCUUUGAUCAAGUCGCUCAUGAUCCUUGAACGGAAUGAGAUACCUCCUCAUUGUGGAAUUAAGAACAAGAUCAACAGUGGAUUUCCAACGGAUCUCGAAGACCGCAAUGUUCAUAUCGCGAAGAGGCCCGUCCCGUGGGCCCGUCCAGAAGGAUGCGCACGCCGAAUCAUGAUCAAUAACUUUUCCGCCGCCGGUGGAAACAGUUCUGUCUUGAUCGAAGAUGCACCAGUCUUGAAACCCAAGCCUGGUCUGGCCGAUCCCCGCUCGACGUAUAUUGUCGCCGUCUCUGCCAAAUCGAGUACUGCACUGGAAGCCAAUAUCAGGUCUCUACUAUCAUACAUGACCACUGCCAAGCCGCCACUCCCUAGUCUAUCUUAUACAACAACUGCCCGUCGUAUGCACCAUCCCUUCCGGGUGAUGGUGGCCGGUUCCGAACUCGCAGAGGUUCACGCUCUGCUGGAGAACAAACUCUUGUCUCCAGCAAUCCAGGCCCGGACCAGGGCUUCCCAGCGUGUGGCAUUCGCCUUUACCGGGCAGGGAUCCCAGUACAUAGGCAUGGGACGGGAUCUGCUCAAGUUCAGUACUUUCCGGGGCGACCUUGAGAGGUUCGAUGCCAUUGUACAGACUCUUGGCUUUCCUUCAAUUUCUCCGUUGAUUGAAGAAAGCGAGGUGGAUAUUUACGAGCUUCAGCCUCUCGUCGUUCAGGUUGGAACAGUUUGCAUCCAGAUAGCUAUGGCUCGCCUGUGGAUAUCAUGGGGACUUGAGCCGUGCGCUGUUGUUGGCCACAGUCUUGGCGAGUAUGCUGCAUUGAAUAUUGCUGGGGUACUUUCUGAGGCAGAUACCAUAUUCGUGGCUGGUAAGCGCGCACAGUUGCUACAGGACGAUAUUUCCUCCAAUACGCACGCCAUGCUUGCUAUCAGCACCGGUGUGGAAGAAGCGCAAUCCCUCUGCAACGGUCUAGAAUACGAUAUUGCUUGCAUCAAUACGCCAAGGGAAACAGUUCUAAGCGGGACGAAUGAGCAAAUAGACAAAAUACUGGACAUAUUGUCUUCGACCAAUUUGAAGACGACCAGGCUUCGGGUCCCAUUUGCCUUCCAUUCAUCACAGAUGCAGUCCAUUCUAGUGAAGUUCAAAGCCGCUACACGAGGUGUAAAGUUCCGCGAGCCAAAGGUUCCUGUCCUUUCGCCUCUACUAGGGGAAAUCCUGACAUCCAAGGAACCAUUCGGACCAGAAUAUCUGGCUCGCCACUGCAGAGAAACUGUCAACUUCGCCGCUGCCCUAGACAGUGCCAAGGCGGACGGUCUCAUCAGCAAUGCGAUAUGGAUCGAGAUCGGCGCUCAUCCUAUCGUCUCUGGGCUGUUGAAGAACAACCUCGACUCGACAGCCAAGACCGUUCCAACUUUGCAGCGGUGCAAGGAUACAUGGAAGGUGCUUUCUUCUAGCCUGUCAGUUUUAUACGAGUCAGGCGUGGAGGUCCGAUGGCCCGAGUACCAUCGAGAUUUUAUCUCUGCCCUUUCUGUCUUACGCCUCCCAUCAUAUAACUGGGACCUGAAGGAGUACUGGAUGCAAUAUGUCAACGACUGGUCACUAUACAAAGGCGAUGCAAUGUUCCUCAAGGGAGUACCUGGUCUCUCGACUACCUGUGUUCAUAGACUGGUUGAAGAGAAGAAGGAAGGCAACAAAAUCACCGUUGUUGGUGAAGUAGAUGUGCUCCGCGAUGACAUGGACCCAUUUGUUCGCGGUCAUCGGGUCAACAAUCUUCCUCUUGUCACUCCAUCCGUGUAUGCUGAGAUGGCUCUUGUAAUCGGAGAAUAUCUCCGCAAGCAACAAACCCAGCUCGUAGGAGCCUUGGUCGACCUACAACAUAUGGAUGUGCAGAGGCCGUUUGCCACAAAGAGCAAAGGGAAAGGUCCGCAACUUCUACAAUGCCACAUUCUGCUUGAUUGUCAAACCCUUACCGCAACUGUGGAGUUCUGGAGCGUUACUCCAGAAGGAAAGAAGCUGGUCAGACACGCCUUGGCUAGCAUAGCAUUUCCGGAUGCUAAGGCGGCUCAGGCAGAGGUCCAGCAGCGCGCGGACAGCAUUCUAGCGGAAAUGGACGAUAUGGCUGCGAGAUUGAGUACCGAUGACCGAGUGCAGAAGUUCACCGGAAAGACGGGAUACAAUUUGGUAUCGUCGCUUGCCUCUUACGACUCCGAGUUUAUGGGAGUUUCUUCGGUUAUCCUGGAUAGUUCCCGGUUGGAGGCGACGGCUACCGUGAAAUUCAAUAACCCUCGGACGGACGGAGUAUACCAUGUCAAUCCGUACGUGAUUGACAAUCUUGGACAGCCAGCUCUCUUCGUUAUGAACGCGAAUGAUCGAGCCGACCUCAGCAAGGAAGUUUUCGUCAACCAUGGUUGGAAGUCUCUGCACUUUUACAAGCCGUUGUCAAUCACGAAUACAUACCGGUCGCAUGUUAAAAUGACUGGACCCGAUAAUGACGGCUUGUACGGCGGUGACAUGGUCGUCUUCGAAGGUAAGGAGGUUGUCGCCGUUUACAAGGGAAUCAAGGCACAGGGAGUACCCCGGAGGCUCAUGGAUUAUAUUGUCCACAUGCGAGAUGACACAAAGGCCGGCGCUCCUACUGGAGGAACUCUUCAAAUUGGCGAGAGCACUGCGUCAACCUCGGCUGCAGGCGGCUCGCUACAAACCACUCCCCCAGCAAGCGGCUCUGACAAUUGGCAAGCAGCACUCAAGAUCAUUUCCGAGGAGAGUGGCGUUCCCAUCUCGGAACUUUCACCAGAAGCGGCAUUUGACGACCUGGGUGUGGACUCUCUCCUCGCAUUGCUCUGCGCCAGCCGAUUCCGCGAGGAGCUCGGCCUACACUAUGAGUCCUCCAUUUUCCUGGACCAUCCGACCAUCAGAAAUCUCGAGGCAUUUUGGAAACAGGGCGCUCCUGAAGCAGGCACUGUAGCCGUCAGUGGCCGCGACGCCGCCCUAAACUCGAUGUUUGCUGAAGCCGAAAUAGAAAUGGACCAAGACAAGGGCAGCAGCGACGAAGGCAGAUCCGCAUCUGAGGCCAGCUCGUAUGAGGUGAUUAGCCAUAACACUAUAGAGACCAGUCCCGAGACAAGCAGCAUGCCCUCGCCAAAGGUCUCAGCGACCUCCCUCCUUCUCCAGGGAAACCCAGCUGUACCCUCUACAGUGAAGACACUAUUCCUCCUCCCAGACGGCUCCGGAUCAUGCUCUUCAUACGCAGGUCUCCCCCGUAUCCACCCCUCUAUCGCCGUCGUAGGAGUCAACUGCCCAUUCAUGAAGACCCCAGAAUCCUACACCUGCACCAUCGAUGAAGUUGCCCAGCUAUACAUCACCGAGAUUCGACGCCGCCAACCUCACGGACCCUACGCUCUUGGUGGAUGGUCGGUCGGUGGUAUUUUCGCGUAUCACAUUGCACAACAACUCGCUGCCCAAGGAGAACAAGUCACCGAGCUUGUACUCAUCGACUGUCCCGUCCCUAAAGGUCUCGACCACCUCCCCCACCGAUACUACGAAUACUGCGACACGAUAGGGCUCCUCGGUGACGUGAACGGAGUCAAACGGGACCCACCCCCAUGGCUGAUCUCACACUUUGAAGCCUGCGUCAACAGUCUACAUUCCUACCGCGCGACACCAUAUACAUCCAACGACCCCCCACGGACGCAAAUCAUCUGGGCCUGCGACGCGAUCGACAAACAUUGCGAACCAAAGUUUGAGCGCAGACCGGAGGAUCCGGAGGGAUUAAAGUUCCUCACAGCGACCAGAACCGACUUUGGGCCGUGUGGCUGGGACAGUCUCCUACCAGAAGAGGAUAUCGUCUUGGAUAGGAUGACGGGGGCGAAUCAUUUUAGUAUGAUGAAGGGGGAAUUUGCGAAACGGUUGAGUGAGAUGAUCGAGGGAUUUUUGAUGAUUGGAAAUUGA